AUGUCCCGCCGUCGAACCUCGUACAGCGAGCCCAUGAGUGAGGCCGCAUACCCUCCCGCAUCUUAUAUUCCCGCCUAUGCGCACUCGCAAAUGGCGUCCAGUGCACCGCGUCGAGGGCCCAUCGAGGGCCCCGAUGGCCGCCGUCUCAUUCGGCGCGUCACUUGGCGCUCAUCUACAUACAAGCUGAUGGCUUCACUAUGGGUUUUAGGUGUCUUGUAUAUUCUCUGGCUGAUUCGGGAUCUGUUCUAUCUACCGUUUACGCCUGCAGAGCCCGGUCCCCCCGGUGCGGGAGAUGCUUGA